UGAUCAUUGCAAACUGGAAGUGUUUGCUACAAUUUUGUGUAAAGUAACAGCUGCUGCUGGGAUAGGAAUAGCCAUUAAAAAUGAAUACAGAAAAAUUUUUUGCAGGCAAGAUUUAAUUUUGGUGAAAAACAAUGGUGAUAAAGGUUUGAAAAUUCAUUUUCCACUUCACUUAACAUUGCAGUUUAAAUCGAUGCGUUUACAAUUUGGAGACACAUUUGUUAAGGUGGAAUCAAUUUUGAAGACAGUCUCACAACCGACAAUUGAUGAAAUCAAAAAGUCGUUGAGAUUUUCCUACAAUACAUUACGCCCUCAACUGGAUUUGUGUAAAGAUAUAACCGGCAUCUUAGAAUUAAUGAGUGAUAACAGUUCACUUGAUGAUAUUAGCAUGUUAGAGUAUCUUGUCAAUAAGCUAAAUAUAGAAGAAGCUAAGUUAGUGGUUCAGGAAUACAAAGAAGUAAUAGAGGAGUUUAGUAAAACAGAACUUAGUAAAUGUUUGCACGAGUGGUUUUCAUAUGCUUCACCACUUCAAUGUGAAAGGAUUACCAUUGUCGUUGAUCAAGAAACAGAAGAUUACACACUAAAAGAUGUCAGGAGAUUAUCAGCUAAUAUAUUUGAUGAGCUUUCGCCAAAUGUCAGGCUAAAUGUUGUUCGGGAUGAAAAUUCAUUCACUAUCACUUGUUCCUUCCCUUUGAUUCUAUCUGAGCAGUUAAUUACAGCUGCUCUUAAUAAUAUUGAUGUAUUGAAAGAAAACAAAGUGAAGAGAUUGACCAUUGGAUACUGCACUGUGUAUGAGAUAAAGGACACCUCCACUGCUACUACAACAGAAAUAGAUGAAUACACCUCAUCAUUAUCAACUAGUAGUGGAUUAAUGAAACAAUUGAUGCUGUCAUUGAGUGUACAACUGAUUAAUAGUAAAGAGGAGGUUACUACUUUAAAUAAGGAAAAUAUGACAGUUAAAAGAGGUGCACAGUUAUCAAAGAAAGAAGCAGAAUCAUUGAAGGAAACAUUGGAUGCCACAAACAAGAUAGUGAGGGUUAGUAUAGCAGAGAGUGAUAAGUUUAAAAGAAUGGCAGCUGAAAGUAGUCAGUUAUUGCAAGAGAAAGUAUUACAUUUAACAGAACGUGAAGAAGAGAAUGAGAAUCUGAAAGAAAUUAAAGAAUUGCUAGAAGAACAGCUUGCUUUAUUUCAAUCUGAAAAAGCAGAACUAGUUGAGAAGAUUGAAGAAACACAAAUACAGACAGUAUUACAUCAGGAAGAGAAUGAAGCUAAAAGCAAUGAAGAAAUAGAAAUGUUACAAAUGAAAAUUACAACAAUACAUUCACAAAGAAUGGAGAUGGAUAAAAAAGUGCAAGAACUAAUGUUGAAAAAUAAAGAAUUAGAGAAAGCUUUGCCAAAAGACAAAAGUUAUCAAGUGAGCCUAAAUGUAAAUUCACUUGUUAUAGAAAUGCAGAACCUCCAAGCACAAGUAGAGCAGCUAAGUAAUGAUGAAGCUCAUAGAAAACUUGAACAUAUCGAAAAGCAAAAUGACAUAUUGUUGAAGGAGAAUGAAAAGUUACAUAUAGAAGUGUCUAUGCUAAGGAAACAGAAUCUCUGGAAACAAAAACAAGAUACUAAUCCUAUUGUAUUCCAAGAUGAUAUUUAUGGUGAGAUUGUCGUUGACCAUCCACUGAUAAUGAGAAUUGUGAAGACAAGACAAUUUCAGAGACUAAAAGAUAUAAAAAAACUAGGUUACACUUACCUAAAUAUACCAAAAGCAAAUUAUUCAAGACUUCAGCACAGUAUUGGAAUGUAUUUUCUUGCUGGACAGUAUGUUAAGCAACUGCGAAGGAGACAACCUGAGCUGAAUAUUACUGAUUCUGAUAUUUUGUGUGUACAAAUUGCUGCUCUUUGCUUUAACCUGGGUCAUGGUCCUUUCUCUCACAUUUUUGAAAUGUUCCUGGAUGAAAUGAGUAAAAAAGAUAAUUCCGACAGGCCUUGGAAGAAUGUAUCUGAAGCAUCAGUUAAGAUGUUUGAUUACAUGUUAGAAGAUAAUGAAGACUUAAUGGCUAAUUUUGAAAAACAUUUUGAUAAUCCCAAGGAAGAUAUUGCAUUCAUUAAAGAACUGAUUCAAGGAACAGGAUAUGAACAUCAUAAAGAUAAAAAAUUUCUCCAUAAGAUUGUAUAUAAUAAAAAGAGUGGGUUAGAUGUUAGUAUGAUUGACAGUACAAUGAGAGAUGCUGCUGUAUUGGGAAAGAAUCUUACUUUUCAAUGGAGGGUAUUUUUUAACCAAGUUCGUGUCUUGAGAUGUGAUGAUGGUGAAUUACAUAAGUGUUUUUCAAAAGAUGAUUUGGAGACAUGCAAUGAUUUGUUUAGAACUCGUCAUGCCCUCUUCAGAGAAUUGUAUUAUUUACGCAAGAACAGGAUUGCUUCUGUAAUGAUAAGAAGAAUAUUAGUCAAAUCAAAUGGAAUUCCAAUAAUCAAAGAUGACAUCAGACGAGUGACUAUAUCUGAUGCUACUAAGAGCAUGUCUGCUUAUACUCAGCUUAAUGAUGGUAUUCUUAGUGUUAUCAAACAUUUCAUUGAUGACAAAGAAGUACAAGAACUAUUGAAGUGUUUGGAAUCAUUAGAAGUUAUUGGACAGACUGGUUGGGUUACACUAACAAAUGAUUGGAAUGAAGAUAGAAUAAAACAGCACAUUGUGCGAAGCAUUAAAAGUUGUGAUGUUACUGAUCAACUGAUACUUGAUCCUAUUAAAACUGGAUAUGAGAAUUGGAAUGCUCUCACACAGUACUAUUAUACUAGUGAUGGUAAGACAGGACAAUGGAAACAAGAAUGGGCACAACCACCACAAUUCGCUGAUAAACAACUACGUAUACUUCUUGUAAGUGGUGACAGAGUCCUUAUAAAGGAAGUACAAAAAACACUACAAAAAUUAAUAACUGAUGAACAACUAGUUCCAGGGGAAAUUUAUCCUGAUGAAGAGAAUUACAAUUUGAUGCCACAAGUCCCACCACUUAAAAAAGAAGAAGCAACAGAACUCAAAGAAGAAGUAGCAAGUGCAUUAGCAACAGUUUAAAAAUUUAGAUCUACAUAUGAUUAAUAGUCUACACUGUAGUUAUUGUAGUUAAUAUAUAUGUACAUGUAAUGCUAAAGCUGACAGUAGUAUAGUUUGUACUAUAAUUAUUAUUGUGUUGUUUGGCAUUAAAAACUAGUGCAAGUAGCAUUUGAUAUACUGACAAAUUGUAA